UUCCUCCUUCUCCUUAUAUCAAAGUGUUUCUGCUGCUUUGGCCUCUCGUUGGGUAAUUGACUGCUCCAUCACAACAGUUCUCUGUUUCAACGCUUUCUUCACCGACAAAGCCCAGCUCUACCCCAAUCCUCCAUUAGAUUCACUUACAAUUCCUCUCCAGAGUUAAUCGCCCAAUCCUUUUUAUUCUUUUACCAAUCAUCGACUCAACAUUUUCGUUUUUUUUUUCAUUUUUUUUAUUUCACUACUGAUUUAUUCUCAUACUCAUACUCAUACUCUAUCAUAAUAUCAUAAUAUUACACUACCAUACCCUUAUCCCAUUACAAACAUGGCAUUCCCUGGUUUUGAAACUGCUUCCGUUAUUGCUGCUUAUCUCUCAAAAAUAAGUGCUCUAAAACCUAUUCAUACCCUUUUGUUUGUCGCCCUAUUUUCAAUCAUCUCCUACUUAUCUCUAGUCGACGAAUACUUCAUUCAUUCCUCAAAUAACCAUACUGCUGAUGCUACAAAUUCCCUCAACAAUCUAAAUUCCUAUUUCUUGCCUUCAUCCUUGAAUUUUAAUGAUGUUAAUAAUUGGAUCGAUAUCACCCAGAGUUUCAACAGCUUAAACUCCCUUUACCAAAACUCAACUCACUUGGCCUUACUACCCUUGAGAUUCAAAACUAUUUCCAAUAAUGAUUUAUCCCUUUUACCAAUUUUCGAUCAAUCCCUAAUUGACUCAAUUUCUGCUAAUAUUUCUUCCUCUUUCUCUUCCUCUUCCUCUCAUUCUGACUCAUUUUUCAUCGAUCUCGUCCACGAUUCUACCGCCCUUAACGAAAACUACCUCGUCCUAGACUACAACAACGAUAUCUUGGAAUCUCUUAUCAAUAACAAUCUCUCUCUCUUAAAAUCUCCUAACAACUCAACAAUGUGGAAAAUCUCUCACCAAUACAGAAUAGGCCAGUACCAACAACUACUAUCCUCAAACUACAAAAAACUCCUCGCCAUGAUCAAAGGCGCUGAAACCUUUGACAUCAUUAUAGUCGCAAUCGUUUACCUCAUAAUGUAUUUCACCUUUGCAAAAUUAUUCUACGACAUGAAAAGAAAAGCAAACUCAAAGUUUUGGUUGCCUCUAGCUGUAUUAUCCACAAACGUAAUUGCCUUCUUAUUCGCCUUAUUCGUCACAACAAAAAUCAUAUCCCUAAAGGUAUCCCUCUUAUCCAUAUCAGAAGGUUUGCCUUUUUUAAUUUCAAUCGUUGGUUUUAACAACAUGGUCUUGAUCACUUCUGCUGUUAUCGGCACAUCAAACAACCAACUACUAGAUCAAGGUGUUGGAAACUUGAUUUUCAAAGUCAUCAAAGUUCAAUCAAUUCCCUUCAUCAGAGACAACUUGUUGUUCAUAAUAUCUCUAAUCGGCUGCUCGCUAUAUGCUUCAAAACUAGAAGCUUUGAAAAACUUUUGUAUUCUAAGCGCUCUAUUUCUUUUUUUCAACGUCCUAUUAACCUUUACCUUUUUCGCUUCAAUCUUGGCUCUAAAAGUCGAAAUCAAUUUAAUCCAUCAAUCAACUUCAAUUAAAAACGCUCUUGAAGAAGAAGGCGUCGACUCCUUCUUAGCUGAAUCUGUCGCAAAUCAAACCCUAAAAGAUGACUUUGUCUUUAUCGACUCCCCAAAUGAAUCAACUAUAACCAUCUUUAAACUGGUCGUUAUUCUUGCCUUUGUCCUAUUUCAACUCUGGUUUUUCAAGACUAAUUGGAUCAGCUCCUCUGCUAUCGAAUCAAUUAAAUUAAAAGUUAACGAUAUCCACUUCUUAUCUCUAAAUAUCGCAAGUCAAUUCAACUUAAACUCCAUUCACGAACACCACUCUGCUACCCAAAACAACAACGGUAUAGUUUUAACUGUUCUCGAACCUUUAAUCUACUUGCCUCAAAAUAACUUUUUCUAUAAAGUUGAAGACCACGUUGUCCAUUUCUUGGAAUUAAUCUCCGGCUCAAUUAGAGAUAGAUUCAUCAGCAAAUUCCUAUUAUUGGCCUUUUUUGUAAGCUCUUUUGUUAAUAUUUACCUUUUAAAUGCUGCAAGAUUAUACAACCUUGAUAAACCAAUCCAACAAUACAACAGAAUGAUAUCUGAAUCGGUCCCCUCAACCCCUGGUCAAUUAUCAAGAAGAGCAUCCUUUGCUAGUAUAUCAUCUCAUACAACCUCCUCAUCAGGCUCUUAUCCAUCCAGAGAUGUCAGAUCUUCAAUUCAACCAAUUAUCCACGAAAAACCCAUCAUUUCUGAAAACGACAUAAUUGAAACAAAAAACCAAAAUUUAAUCAAUAACAAAAGCAAUGAAAUCACAAAACCUCCACAUACUGCUCAUGAUCAAACUGUUAAUGGCACUUCUCGUUCUCACUCACACCCUCAUUCUCAUAAAUCACAUUCACAUGAAUCCGACUCCAAAUAUGAUCAUAACGCUCAUGUUAAAAAAUCUUAUGAAGAAGCCUUGAAAUAUUUUGAAUCUGGCAAGUUAGUAGAAUUAAGUAACGAUAACAUUGCCGAAUUGGUUUUCAAAGGCAAUAUACCCUUGUAUUCCUUGGAAAAAAGAUUAGGUAAUAAUACUAGAGCUGUUAUUGUUCGUAGAAAAGCAAUCUCUCAAUUGGCAAAUGCCCCCGUAUUAAAAAGUUCAAGGUUGCCAUAUCUUCAUUACGAUUAUGAUCGUGUUUUCGGUGCAUGUUGUGAAAACGUAAUUGGCUAUAUGCCAUUGCCUGUUGGUAUUGCUGGUCCAAUAGUCAUUGAUGGAAAACCAUAUCACAUUCCAAUGGCAACAACUGAAGGCUGCUUGGUUGCUUCUGCUAUGCGUGGUUGUAAAGCAAUUAACGCUGGUGGUGGUGUUGUUACUGUUUUAACUAGAGAUGGUAUGACUAGAGGUCCAUGUGUUCGUUUCCCAACUCUUAAAGAAGCAGGUGGGGCUAAAAUUUGGAUUGAUUCCGAUGAAGGUCAAGAAGAAUUGAAAAAACAAUUCAACUCAACCUCAAGAUUUGCAAGAUUACAACAUGUCUUUACCGCUUUAGCUGGAACUUUAUUAUACGUUCGUUUUAGAACAACCACUGGAGAUGCUAUGGGUAUGAAUAUGAUUUCAAAAGGUACUGAACAUUGUUUGAAAUAUCUUUCUGAAUAUCGUUUUCCUCGUAUGGAAGUGAUUGCAGUGUCUGGUAAUUUCUGUACUGAUAAAAAGUCUGCUGCAGUUAACUGGAUCAACGGUCGUGGUAAAAGUGUUGUUGCAGAAGCUAGAAUUCCUGCUGAAGUUGUAAAAAGAGUUUUGAAAAGUGAUGUUGACGCUUUAAUUGAUUUGAAUAUAAGCAAAAAUCUUAUUGGGUCUGCAAUGGCAGGAGCCAUUGGUGGUUUUAAUGCUCAUGCAGCCAAUUUAGUCACAGCUGUUUUCUUAGCAACUGGUCAAGAUCCAGCCCAAAACGUUGAAAGUUCAAACUGUAUUACAUUAAUGCAUAAAGAUCCAGAAGGUAGUCUCCAAAUUUCAGUUUCUAUGCCAUCGAUUGAAGUUGGCACAAUUGGAGGUGGUACAAUUUUGGAUGCACAGAAUUCAAUGUUAGAAUUAUUAGGAGUUAGAGGACCUCACCCAACAAAUCCUGGAGAAAAUGCAAGACAAUUGGCCAAGAUUGUGGCCAGUGCAGUUUUAGCUGGCGAGUUAUCAUUAUGUUCAGCUUUAGCCGCAGGCCAUUUGGUUCAAAGUCAUAUGCAGCAUAAUAGAGCAAAACCAGCAGGUUCUGUUGCUGCUCCUGCUAUCGGCUCACUAGCACCUAAUACUACUUCUUCAGCUACUAAAAGCGCUUAUGAGUUAAAGCGUCUUCAAGAAGGCUCAAAAAUUUGCAUUAAAAGUUGAUUUGAAUUUUGAUUUUAAAAUGAAGGGCAUGCCUUCCUUUUUUUUUUAUUAUUAUUAAAAUUUCCAAUAUCAACUUUAUUUUAAUUUCAGUUUCACGUUCACUUUUCUCGGGAUUUCUCAGUAUUUUUUUUCCUGUCUUGACAUUUUAUUUUUUUAUUUUUCUGAUGGUUAUAUUUUUG